AUGACAGACGUCGAUGCCUUUCGGGAUGCGGAAUACAUCGCUGACGUGUCCGGCAUAUCCUAUGACGAUGCGGAGCCUCCCAGACCAACGGGCACCCUCAGUAGCCAGAACGCCCGCGUGAAGAAAGUUCAUUCGGCCGCCACAGUUGUCUUUAUUGAUCGACUGUUGCGUGAUCUUGACGUAUUGAUUUACUGUCAAUUGUCCGCCCUAUAUUACAUGGAGUAG